AUGAUUGAUGAUAUAUUGUUCUAUAACGGCCUUAAGGAUGAAGGUAAGGACGAACUCAAUAAGAUAGAUCGACCAGAUACCCUCAAUAGAUAUACAGCAAUGGCGAUACGGAUCGAUAACCGCGUAUACAUAUAUAAGCUUUAUCGUAAGGGUAAGGGUGCAGCAGCUCCGAUAUACUAG